AUGCACACCGGCACCGAGCAGAACUACCGAGUGCGCCUCAACCGACGUGAUUUGCCUACCUACCUGCCGGAAAUCGCUCGCUACGUCAAGCGACUCGGCCGAGGAAAGGCCAACCUCCUUCUCAACUUUGAGGAGAAUUAUCCGACAUCGCCCGUCCGUGCGUCCCCUCAGGACCUCGCCACCGGCCAGUUGGGCUUGCCCAUCCAGCCGCAGGACCAGGGGUUCGUCAAGAAUGUGUAUAUCCAGCGCGCCACCAUCGUCUAUGUGGGUGACAUCCACACCUUCGUGACCCUCGCCCGUGCGUUUGAGCCGACCUGCAGCUUCUCCGUCGAGGUGUGCAUCAACGAGCCGAGCUUGGUCGAGAACGUGACGCAGGUGUGCGAGAUGAUGAAGAUGGGAGGUCGUCUGGACGACUCGUAUAUAUGUGAUGGCGUUUUUGUGAGUGGAUGUGAGUGUCAGUACUUUGGCCGCCGUGUGACCGUCCGUUUCUGCCGACUCGACCGACCGACCCGAUUGGUGUGACCGAAAUGGUGGAACUCACCGAGAAGCGUGACAUCCCCAUCAAGUUUAUGUGUCUGUUCGAGCCGCCCCAAGUUGCCGUGCACGACCGGGAGAGUGUGUCGCCGUCGCAGUCACCCAGCACAUCGCCACCACCACUGCCACCGCCCGGCUUUCCGCCCACCCCGUCUAUCGUCGUGUCUGCUUUGCCGCCGUUGCUGGCCUCGCCGAACACGUCGCCCGACUCUGAGCCGAUCCGACCCCAGUCGUUCAGUCAGAGCCAGGCCGCCGCCAGUGCAUCUACCUAUAGCAGCAACGGACAGGGGAGGCAGAAGAAGGGCAGGAAGGGAGACAGGAAGUGAUGGGAACACAGGCCACACACAUGGGCGUGGGAUGCAUGGUGUUGUCAUGUGAUGUGAUGUGUUGUGUUUGUUGUGGUGUGUUGCCGAGUGCAGAUGUGUUUCGCCUCUUUACCGCCAAUCCACCGACUUGCCGACUCUGUCUCGUGACACCGACAUGUGUAUGGUCUCUGCGCCGCCCACCGCCGGUGAUUUUGUUCGGGAUAUCCGUGCCUCGCGUUUCGAGCGGCGGGGUGGUGAUGCGUAGUGGACCCCUCGCAUCGAUGUUGUAUAUGUGGAUCUGUGUCGCGAGUCCCGUCUAUCCCUCCGACAAGGUGUGUACGAACCGAAAGGAAGAGCAGACAGACUGAAGGACGCAUACAUGGAAUGAAUGGAUGUGUAUGGACCGUCUGCCGCACACACAACCGACCUGUAUGUGGGUGUUCCCGCAUCCACGUGACCACCGCCUCCGCAUAUGUGUGCAGCCGACGGCCGCGUCUACCAUAUAUGUGAGCACAAAGUGUUUGUCUUGCUCGCGCCAUGUGUAUUCCGACGGAUGUGUUGCGUGUCUGUCGAUGGGUGCGUGCGAGUGACUGACUGCCUGUCUGCCUGGAUGGAUGGAUGUGUGUCUGGAUAGAUACAUGGAUGGGAGCCGAUGGAUGGGCAUGGGAAAGAGAGAGAUGUGAAUGUGUCUUUGUCCACGGAGGAG